AUCAGACUUCUGCAAAUCCAGCCUGGUAGUGGACAUCUCGAUCCCAUUAGCGUCAAGCUAGCGGUGUAUGGUCUCCACGAUGCCCCAACGUACGAGGCUUUGUCGUACUCUUGGCAAGACGAUGCGCAGGAUGCCAUUACUGUGAACGGUGUUGCCCGAUUUGUUCUGUCUAAACAUUUAUGGCACGCAUUGAGGCGCUUACGCUCCCGCAACAGCGAGCGCUUCAUCUGGAUAGACGCAAUUUGCAUCAACCAGAAGGACGAACAAGAGAAGAGUCAUCAGAUUCCACUCAUGGGAGCAAUCUACCAACAAGCACGCCGUACCAUUAUCUGGAUCUCCGAG